GCAGCUCCUCCCCCUCGCAGGAGGUAAGAAGCUCCGCCGUAAUCGUCUCUCCAUCCGCGGCCUCUUUCGCCAUCUGCUCCGUCGUCGGGGCGAUGCCGGUCCUGUGAGCGGUUAUCUUUCUUAGAGAGAGGCAUCGAUCACGAUGACUGAGAACGACGUUGACAACGAGCUCUUGGAUUACGAGGACGAUGAGGUUGAAAACCAGGCAGCAGGAGACGGGGUGGACGUCCCGUCCAAGAAGGAUGUCAAGGGCUCCUACGUCUCCAUCCACAGUUCUGGGUUUCGCGAUUUCUUGCUAAAGCCAGAGCUGCUGCGUGCCAUCGUCGACUGCGGCUUUGAGCACCCCUCAGAAGUGCAACAUGAGUGUAUCCCGCAAGCCAUCUUGGGUAUGGACGUUUUGUGCCAGGCCAAGUCAGGCAUGGGCAAGACCGCCGUCUUCGUUCUUGCUACACUACAGCAGUUGGAACCGGUCACCGGACAGGUGUCGGUGCUGGUGAUGUGUCACACUCGUGAGCUGGCCUUUCAGAUCAGCAAGGAGUACGAGCGUUUCUCGAAGUACAUGCCCAGUGUCAAGGUGUCAGUGUUCUUUGGAGGCCUGUCCAUCAAGAAGGACGAGGAGGUGCUGAAGAAAAACUGCCCCCACAUUGUGGUGGGGACCCCGGGCCGCAUCCUGGCCUUGGCCCGCAACGAGAGUCUCAACCUCAAGCACAUCAAGCAUUUCAUCCUGGACGAAUGCGAUAAGAUGCUCGAGCAGCUCGAUAUGCGCCGGGAUGUCCAGGAGAUCUUCCGCAGGACCCCGCAUGAAAAGCAGGUCAUGAUGUUCAGUGCCACUCUCAGCAAGGACAUCCGCCCCGUGUGCCGCAAAUUCAUGCAAGACCCCAUGGAGAUCUUCGUGGACGACGAGACCAAGCUGACGCUGCACGGGCUGCAGCAGUACUAUGUCAAACUGAAAGACAACGAGAAGAACCGCAAGCUCUUUGAUCUGCUCGAUGUGCUGGAGUUCAACCAGGUGGUGAUCUUUGUGAAGUCGGUGCAGCGCUGCAUAGCGUUGGCUCAGCUUCUGGUGGAGCAGAACUUCCCGGCCAUUGCCAUCCACAGGGGGAUGCCCCAGGAGGAGAGGCUGUCACGGUACCAACAAUUCAAGGAUUUCCAGCGCCGAAUUUUGGUGGCCACCAAUCUCUUUGGCCGUGGCAUGGACAUCGAGCGAGUCAACAUUGCGUUCAACUAUGACAUGCCGGAGGAUUCAGACACCUACCUGCACCGGGUGGCUCGUGCUGGGCGCUUUGGCACCAAGGGCCUGGCCAUCACGUUUGUGUCGGAUGAGAAUGAUGCCAAGAUCCUGAAUGAAGUGCAGGACCGCUUCGAGGUGAACAUCAGCGAGCUGCCGGACGAGAUUGACAUCUCUUCUUACAUUGAACAGACCCGAUAAAGGGGACCGUUCCCCUCUACGUCAACGUUGGUUUCAAUUCCUGACCUCUUCCGCUUCCCUGAAACUUCACGUUUAAUUUCACUUGACGGAGAAUGAAGUGGCUUGGACCAUCUGGACAACACCCAUUUGCAUCACUCCUACGAGGGGGACAGAAGAGCUGUUGUCAAUAGGCUGUGGAUAGUGGAGGGGGUCAGCAUCCAAUAACCCACUGCACUGCCCAGAGGCCUAAGGGGAGAGCCUGCUUGGCGGGAGUCCCAUUGUCUGUCUGGCACCAGAAAGAGACAGUCUUGGCGCCUCUCCAAGGGGGCCCACCUCCAGAUGGAUCUGCACUGCCUACUAGCAGGAUGCUGGGACUCCACCCCUACCAUAGCUUCACUUUGUCCUUACGUUGGCAUUACACAGAGAUCUUCCUCCAUGAUGGGAAGCACAACCGGGAGGAGUUUCAGCAAGGGUGCUCUGUAAAUCCCUGGCAUCUAGAAUUGCAUUUUUGUUUUCUAGAAAAUCCCCUUUUGAGAGGGAAAAAACUAAAAAUAUGAACCUUCUUUUGUAUGCCCAUUCAUGCUGUUUUUAAGACUGUUUUGUGUUUUCCUGUAUGUGCGUGUCCCAUUUUUUUAAAAAACGUGUCUGCAUGUGAAAAUUAACCUGUCCUAGGUGGUAUAUCUUGGCAGUAAGCUAGUAGUGAAAGACUCAUGUUUUAGCUGUGACUUGUUCUAUUCUCCCUUGACUCUCCCCCUCUUUUUGUAAUAAAGAAGCCCAGCUCUUAUGGGUGUCUAAUUAAA